ACUGAAAUUUCUGGGAUGUUCUUAGCAUUUAAAACCAUUUUAAAAAAUAAUAAACCUAACAACUACAAGCUUUCAGUGGCAGGCUUAACUCAUGCGAGUCUUUCUGGGUUUUUGCAGGUCACCGAGCUCAAUGAGCCACUCUCCAACGAGGACCGAAACCUCCUGUCUGUGGCCUACAAGAACGUGGUGGGCGCGAGGCGGUCUUCCUGGCGCGUCAUCAGCAGCAUCGAGCAGAAGACGAUGGCCGACGGCAACGAGAAGAAGCUGGAGAAGGUGAAGGCCUACCGCGAGAAGAUCGAGAAGGAGCUGGAGACCGUCUGCAAUGACGUGCUGGCGCUGCUCGACAAGUUCCUCAUCAAGAACUGCAACGACUUCCAGUAUGAGAGCAAGGUCUUCUACCUGAAGAUGAAGGGCGAUUACUACCGCUACCUGGCGGAGGUGGCCGCAGGCGAGAAGAAGGGCAGCGUGGUGGAGUCCUCCGAGGCCGCCUACAAGGAGGCCUUCGAGAUCAGCAAGGAGCACAUGCAGCCCACCCACCCCAUCCGGCUGGGGCUGGCCCUCAACUUCUCCGUCUUCUACUACGAGAUCCAGAACGCCCCCGAGCAGGCCUGCCUCCUGGCCAAGCAGGCCUUCGACGACGCCAUCGCCGAGCUGGACACGCUAAACGAGGAUUCCUACAAGGACUCCACUCUCAUCAUGCAGCUGCUGCGAGACAACCUCACCCUCUGGACGAGCGACCAACAGGACGAGGAGGCCGGAGAAGGCAACAACUGAGAGCGGCCGCCGCCCGCCGGCGCCUCUGCGGCCCCCCGCCCCCGCCCCCCAGCCCCGAGCCGUCCCCAUCGUCGUCGUCAUCGACACGCCCCUCGCCACGGUCCCUUGAUAUCUAGUGCUCAACGUGUCUGUAUUGUCCGCACAGCGACUCCAAGCUGCCCGCCCUCCCACGAAUCAGGAAGCAGCCCCCGACAAGGCUUCAUGGGCAUUGCUGGAUUGAUGGAUGGUUGGAGCCCACGGGAGCUCCCUCCCUUCAUGGCUUGUGCACACAGGAGGCUCUUGAAUGGACGUGUGCCUGUCGAGCUGGGAAUCCCGGUGAAAGGAAGGAAGGAGAGAAGGGAAGAGAUUGGAAGGAGAAUCAGUCUACAUUGGUCUUAAAAAUUUGUCCCAUUUCAGCUGCGCUAAUAGUGUUUUGUUGAGCAGUGCGUCACCUGCAUGCGGAAUACGUUGACCCCCCCCCCCCCGCCACGGUCUCCGCCAACGGGAAACAGGUACAGGAAGCUGAUGCACCGAGACACAAGCCGACCCCGUCCAUCAGCUUACAACGAACUGUUGCAAAUGUGAGGUUUCCGUAAUGCCUUGUUUUUGCCUCUUUAAAUUAUGUGCACAAACCUUGUUUUCGAUGCAAUGCCUCUGAAAGUUUUGAUACUUGUAACUUUUUUUUUUUGGUUGCGAUUGUUCAGGAAUCAUGGAUUUAUUAUUAUUAUUAUUAAUAUUUUUUUUGGUAACUCUCUGGCCGUUGUCCUUGUGUAUUCUGACAGCGAGUGCCGUGUGUCAGCCCAUGUCAAUCAAGGUGGAUGAUUGUGAAACACCAGACUUCUAAAAUCAAUGUUUUGGAAUUCAGUGGAUUAAAUAAAUGCUGCUUUGGGGAUAUUAUCGCUA